GGCGGGGGCCGGCAGAAGAACUGCCCGAGCGAGGAGCGGCUCCUGGGGCCGGGCGGCGGGGUUGGGGCGCCAGCUUUGGGGCUCCCGAGAGGCUGCUGGGUCGGGACCGCGACCAGCCGCCACGGGGGGAAGGGGGUGGGUGGGCUGAGAGCAGCUCGGUGGCGAGGCCGGCCCGCCGCCCCUUCCCCCCACCCCCGCCGACCUUGACGGCAGAAGCUUCCCGGAGCUCCUCACGCCGGCGCGAUGGCGACUGCUGGGGAGACGGAGGCCUCCCCGCCGACGGACGCGAGCUGGGAAAGUGGCGGCGGCGGAGACGACGAGAUGAAGCAGGCGCUUCCGGAGCUUGAGUCCUCCCCACAAAAUGGCGGCGGCGGCGGCCUCAGCAUCGCGGAGCCCGGCGGCGGCGCCGGGCCUGAGGAAACCGCUGCGGCCUCGGCCGCCCCGAGCGUCAGCCACGAGCAGCCUCAGGACUCGUCUGAGGCGGGCGCGGCCGCUCUCCUCAAAGGCCCCGAAGAGCCCGAAAGACCCGUUAGGAGGAGUUUUCAGAUCCCCAGGAAGAGCAGAGAAAAGAAAGCACUUUUUCAGCCAUUAACUCCAGGCUCUCGAGAAUUCGAAGAUGUUCUAAAUAUUCUCCAUUCAUCUUACCUUGAACCAACCUCGGUAACAAAUUUUAACUACAAACGUGCUUGCUUGAUACAUAAUGAACUUUUGGAAAAGGAGUUCACAGAAAAGCGAAGAGAACUGAAGUUUGAUGGUCGUUUAGAUAAAGAACUUUCAGAAUCCUAUGCAUUUCUUAUGGUUGAUCGAUACCAGGUCCAAAGCAUAUGUGAAAAAGGAUUACAGGUGGGCCAGUCCAAAAUAACAAUUCUUGGCAGUCCUUCCAUGGGUAUCUAUCUUUCUAGGUAUGCUGAUUUAUUACAAGCUAAUCCUUUGGAAGCUGGGGCAGUGGGCGAUGUUGUUAUUUUUAAAAUAAUGAAGGGUAAAAUAAAGAGUAUAUAUGACCCCAUGGGUGUAAAAAGUUUGGAAUCUAUAUUAAAUAAAAGUGCUUUGGACCCAACACCAAAGCAUGAAUGUCAUGUGUCAAAGAAUGCCAAUAGAAUUACAUCGCUUUUGGCUUACAGAGCCUAUGAGCUUACUCAGUAUUAUUUUUAUGAGUAUAGCUUUGAUGAACUCAGGCGAAGACCAAGACAUGUGUGUCCAUAUGCGGUUGUGUCUUUUACUUACAAAGAUGAUAUACAAACUCCAAAGUUUGUGCCUUCAUCAAGAGCUAACAGUUUCAAUGCAGAUAGAAACACAGAUAAAUUUAACUACACCUUGUGGAAAGGACAGCUUUUAAAUAAAGGAAAGCUUUUGUGUUAUAUUUCUCUGAGGUCAGCCACUCGUGCUUUUUUGCCUAUCAAGCUCCCUGAGAAGUUAGAUGUUGAAACAGUUAUGAGUAUUGAUCAUCUGAAGCAGAAAAUUCCUCCAGCACUGUUUUAUAAGGAAACAUACUUAGGUCCAAGUGAAGUUUUGAAGAAUGGAAUGUAUUGCAGCCUUUAUGAAGUUGUAGAAAAAACAAGAAUUGGAAGUAACAUGGAGAGUUUACUACAAAAACUAGAGAAAGAAAAACUUGUCCUUGUUAAACCUUUGGGAGACCGAGGAUACCUUUUUCUUCUCUCUCCUUGUCAAAUGGUUUCUCCAUAUGAACAUCAAACUGCCAGAUCUCGAGUCCUACAUGCUUUAUUUCUAUUUCAAGAACCUAGAGGCGUAGUUACUUCACAGAAAGGUUCAACUAAUGCAACACCACAGAAGAGACAUGAGAGCAUGACAGAUGUAUUAAAAAUAACUCAGUUUUUACAGUUUGCUUUGAUUCAGUGUCGAAAGGAAUUCAAAAAUAUAAAUACUAUAAAUUUUCAUUCUGUUGUUGAAAAGUAUGUAAAUGAAUUUUUUAAGCGAGGUUUUGGUUCAGGUAAACGAGAGUUUAUCAUGUUUCCAUAUGAUUCCCGAUUAGAUGAUAAAAAGUUCUUAUACUCAGCUCCAAAAAAUAAAUCCCAUAUUGAUAAUUGUUUGCAUGCCUAUAUUUUUCGGCCUGAAAUGUAUCAGUUACCAAUUUGUAAAUUGAAAGAGCUUUUUGAAGAAAAUAGAAAACUUCAACAGUUCAGUCCACUCUCAGAUUAUGAAGGCCAAGAAGAAGAAAUGAAUGGUACAAAAAUGAAAUUUGGAAAACGAAAUAACUCAAGGGGUGAAACUAUUAUACCUAGAAAGCAGAAGUCCUCUCACUCUUUGGAUUAUGAUAAGGAUAGAGUCAAAGAAUUGAUUAAUUUAAUUCAGUGUAGGAAAAAAAAUGUGGGUGGGGACUCAGACACAGAAGAUAUGAGAAGCAAAACUGUCUUGAAGAGGAAGCUUGAGGAUCUACCUGAAAAUAUGAGAAAGCUCGCCAAAACCAGUAAUUUAUCUGAAAAUUGCCAUCUAUAUGAAGGGUCUCCUCAGCCUAUUGGCUCUCUUGGGCAUGAUGCUGAUUUGAGACAGCAGCUGCAGGAUACCUCUAAUUCCGGUGUUGCUGAUAUCCAUCGGCUAUUUAAUUGGCUAUCAGAAACACUAGCAAAUGCACGGCAUUCUGAUGCAUCCUUGACAGAUACAGUCAACAAAGCCUUAGGAUUGAAUACUGAUGAUGCCUAUGAAGAGCUGAGGCAAAAGCAUGAGUAUGAGUUGAGCUCUCCCCCAGAUAAGAAAGAAUAUGAGCAGCCUACUUGUGCAAAAAUUGAAAGUGUGCAUUUUAAGGGCACUCAGAGCCCAUUGCUAGAAGUUGAUACAUCAUUGUUAAAGUAUCCUGUUGCUGUUUCUACUGGUGAAGCAGGCAUGGACCAUAAGCUACAUUUGAAAGAAGAUCCAAAUUUAAUUAACAUGAGUAAUUUUGAAGAUUGUAGUCUGUGUCCCACUGUUCCCAUUGAACAUGGAUUCCGCAGACAGUCUAAGUCAAAUAAUGUUGAAGAGACUGAAAUACAUUGGAAACUGAUUCCAAUUACAGGAGGGAAUGCAAGAAGCCCAGAAGACCAGCUGGGGAAACAUGGUGAGAAACAAACACCAGGUAUGAAAUCACCAGAAGAACAAGUGGUGUAUCUGCCACCACAGGAGGCCUUUCCUAACGACCCCCGGGUAAUAAGUAGACAGAGAAGUUCUGAUUACCAGUUUCCAUCCUCUCCAUUUACAGACACACUAAAGGGCACCACUGAGGAUGACGUGUUGACAGGUCAGGUGGUGACAGUGGAGGAGCAGUGUGUGCCAGCAGCAGAGCCGCCCACAAUGAGUGAAACCACAGAGAGGACAGUGUUAGGAGAGUACAAUCUCUUUUCUAGGAAGAUAGAAGAGAUUUUGAAGCAAAAGAAUGUUUCAUAUGUCAGUAGAAUUUCCACACCUAUUUUUUCAACACAAGAGAAGAUGAAACGGCUUUCUGAGUUCAUAUAUUCUAAGACUUCCAAAGCUGGUGUACAGGAGUUUGUAGAUGGCUUGCAUGAGAAACUAAAUACUAUUAUUAUCAAAGCAUCGGCCAAGGGUCGGAAUUUGCCACCAGUCAGUCCCAAUGAUUCUGGUAGUAAGAUAGCAUUGAAUCCUCUGGGAAAGCCUGUCCUACCAGUUUCCUCAAGUGACUUCAACAAUAAACAGCUCCUUGAGCCACUUUGUAGUGAUACUUUGAAAGACACCAACUCCAUUGAGCAGCAUUCCUCUUCAGCUUUGGGUUUAACUGAAGUAGAAGUGAACCAGCCAUACCAUGCCACAGAGCUGAUGGUGACUUCUGAUCAUACUGUACCUGGUGAUACUGCCCGGGAACCGGUAGAAAAAGAAACAACAAAAUCGCCCAGUGAUGUAAACAUUUCUGCCCAGCCAGCUCUUUCAAAUUUUAUAAGCCAGUUAGAACCUGAAGUAUUUAACAGUUUGGUUAAAAUCAUGAAAGAUGUCCAGAAAAAUACUGUGAAAUUUUAUAUUCAUGAAGAAGAAGAGAGUGUGCUCUGUAAAGAAAUAAAGGAAUAUCUUAUCAAAUUGGGCAAUACAGAAUGUCAUCCAGAACAGUUUUUGGAAAGAAGAUCAAAAUUAGAUAAACUAUUGAUUAUUAUUCAGAAUGAAGACAUUGCAGGUUUCAUUCACAAGGUACCUGGCUUGGUGACUUUAAAGAAGCUCUCUUGCGUUAGUUUUGCUGGUGUUGAUAGUCUGGAUGAUGUUAAAAAUCAUACAUAUAAUGAAUUAUUUGUAUCUGGAGGUUUCAUUGUGUCUGAUGAAUCCAUUCUAAAUCCGGAAGUUAUUACAAUUGAGAACCUUAAAAAUUUUUUGACAUUCCUUGAAGAACUUAGUACUCCAGAAGGAAAAUGGCAAUGGAAAGUCCACUGUAAAUUCCAGAAAAAACUGAAGGAAUUGGGCAGAUUGAAUGCUAAAGCUCUAAGUCUACUGACACUUCUGAAUGUCUAUCAAAAGAAACAUCUGGUUGAAAUUUUGUCAUACCACAAUUGUGAUUCACAAACUCGAAAUGCUCCAGAAUUGGACUGCCUUAUCAGACUUCAGGCUCAAAACAUACAGCAACGACACAUAGUCUUUCUAACAGAAAAGAAUAUCAAGAUGGUCUCCAGUUAUACAGAUAAUGGAAUAGUGGUUGCGAGUACUGAAGACUUUAUGCAAAACUUUAAAAAUCUUGUGGGCUAUCACAACUCAAUCACAGAAGAAAACCUUCCACUGCUUGGUGCUAAUGAGACUCUUGAGUCACAGUCAGCUCUUUUAGAAAACGAUGAAAAGGAUGAAGAGGAUAUGUCUCUGGAUUCAGGGGAUGAAAUCUCACAAAUAGAAGUAUGCAGCAAUUUUCAUUCAGAAAUAUUGGCGAAAGAGACCAAAGGAUCACGUGGAACAGAUCAAAAUAAGAAUAUUCAAAUUGAGUUGCAAUCGUCUCUUGACGUGCAAAAAAGUUUAUUAGAAGAUAAGACUUAUCAAAUUGAUUCUGAAGAAAGAGCUGCUGUUGCUAUAGUAUGCUCUGAAGGAGAGAACAGCAAUGCAACUGAACAAGAUUCAUAUAGCAACUUUCAGGUUUAUCACAGUCAAUUAAAUAUGUCCCAUCAGUUUAGUCAUUUUAAUGUUCUUACUCAUCAGACAUUUUUGGGGACACCAUAUGCCCUUUCAUCAAGUCAGUCUCAAGAAAGUGAAAAUUACUUUUUAUCUGCUUAUACUCAAAGCUUGGAUAGAGAUAAAUCUCCAUCUCCAUUAAGUUGGGGAAAAAGUGAUUCAUCCAGGCCUUUUUCAAAAGAGAAAUAGUCACUUUUUUUUUUUUUGGAAAUAGGUUGUUAUGGACUUUAUCUGUUUCUUAUAAGUGAAUUAACAAUUUAUAUUUCAUUCUCUAAACAAAGGUUUCUUGUCCUUCCUCAAUGUUUUUUUUUCCUCUUAUUUAAAUCAUGAUGGCCUGUAAUAGUUGAAGCAUCUGAAAACUGAAAUAAAUAUAUAUAUUUUUAACAUAUAUUGUACUUGAAUUAUCUCAUGUUGGCACUUUUUAAGUUCUACAUUUAUAAGUUACCUAUACCUGGGCUUCAAAUUGAAGCCUGUUUUAUAUAUAUAAAAUCAGAUAAUUUGCAAAAGGAUAGUCAACAAUGGCUUUUCUUCUCCCCAUCAGAUGAUACCAAUUACUUUUGCUAAAAUGAUGUACCAAUCAACUAUUGUAUUUAUUUUAAGCUUUUGUAUAGUAUUUUAUACAGGUAUAAGCCAGUGAUAUCAACAGAUACUUAUUGGAUUUUGGUUCAAUACCUCAAGAUUGAUCUAACAGUGAAUGCAGUUUCAAUUUAGAUGAUAAACUAUGUAUAUAAGUAUAAUUUAGGACAUAAUACCAUGCAGCAUUAUUUUUAUCUUUAGGCUUAGUCAUGUAAAAAUUGCCUUUUGCUAAAAUUUUGGAUCAACCUCUUAUUCGAGGUGUUUGAUCAUUACAGUUUUCAGUGCUUAUUAGUAUGGUCCUAGACGUAACCAAAUUCAAUCCCAUACUUCCAAAAGAUAGGCUUCUGUUGGAAGAACUUUGUUACAGAUUUUUAAAUUAGUAGUGUUAGAGAAAUUUAAGUAUAUUUUUGAGGGGGUAAAAAGUUAAGUACUUUACUAAAAAUAACUUAAUAUUCACAGAUAAAGUAUAAGAUGAUCAAUUUUAAAACCAUAUCUGUUCCUGAUAACUGCCUGCAUUAGAAAUGCAAACUUGUAAAAUGUUUUUGUAAAGUCCUAAAACCAGGAAUUAGAGGGAAAAAACGGAGCUAUUUUAGUUAAAGUUGGGAUGUGUUAAGUCAGACCUUCCUUUGGCCCCUCAGAAGAACUUGGGAGAGUUCUAACCUCUUAAAUCUUUUUGUAGAACAAAAUACCUAAGUGGUAUUCCAAUAAUAAGCUACAUAAGUAUAGAAGAACGUGGUCUGUGAACAGGUCAGAAACCUGUCUUAAGGUAAGUAGAAAGUGUUUAAAUACCUAGAUUGUGAUAGAGCAAAAAAAUGUUUUUUUACUAAGCUUUACAAAAAUCUGUUUUAUUGUAAAAAAUAUAUAUAUAUACACACACAGCGUUGUACUACAUAAUGUACAAGUUUGAAAUAAGCAUUUAUAAAAUCUAGGUUAUUUGGAAAAUACAGUAAUGCAAUGAACACAUUUUAUAAUUUAGAAGCAACAAAUGUGAAGGAUUUGAUUUUCUACAUUUAAAACGAAGAAUUAAAAUUCUCUUCUUGAUUUGCAGCUAAAGGCAUGAGAUUAGUUUCCAACUCCCUUUGCUUCUGGAGAAGGCCCUGAAAUCACAUUGAUAUGUUAGUAAGGUGUGCAGCAGACUUGCAAAUUACUCCUAUUUUACAUCUCUGCCCUUCUAAUCCAGAAUUAUAUUUACAUUACUUUGAGAACCUGUAAUUAAUUCAGUUACUUGGCUAUAGCUUAAGCUUUAUCUUUGUCAUGUUAAAUUUUAACCACUCAAAAAACCUACAUCAGACUUUCUCACUUGGAUAUUGUGUAGCUACCAUAUAUGUGUAAGAUUAUGUUUUUCCGCAUAAAAACCAAUAGGGAUGAUUUUUCCAAGUCUGCAUAACUAUGGAGCUGAAAUCCCCUUAAAGGCUCUUAAAAUGGUAAUGAGACACACUGAAGGAGUCUCCCAACAUCCAGUGUUUAUCUUGACUGCACUGACCUUAGUGGCUUAUACAAGGCCCUGCUGAAACUAAGAUGUGGCUACUAUACAGGUGGGUCACUACGUACAUGGUCUAUAUUCCUGCCUCUUGACCUCACAACUUUUACCUCUAUUAAGAAAAGUGCCUUGUCACUUUAAAGGAAAAUUUAAAAGAUUUACUGCUUGUUACAUAAUCUAUAUGUAACCAUUUAAAGGACCAAAAGUACAUAAUUGUUACUAUGAUUUUCUAGCUCUAUGUGAACAAAUUGGGAAAGCAACGUGUGAAUCAACAAUUUGAAAUGCAAGAGGCAUAUAUGUAAAUGACUGGACAUGGAAAAGGACACUCCUGAAGUGGCAAUUUAUUUUUCCUAAGAUCAGGGAUCGGUAUUUAAAGGCCAGCUGAUAAAGGUUAUAUACACUUAAAUAUUGAAUGUUACUAGAUUUUAUUCUUGCCUGAGCAAGCUAAUGAGAAAUGACAAUAACUGACCUGGGAGGAGAUGUAGUCUGAUGGGUAAGGUUAAGGUUAUGUGUAUACUUUCACACCGAAUUUUAUUAUUAUUCUUUGGGACUUGCAAAUAUUCUGUUCUGAACACUGCCAACACAUUCAAUUAAAAACGUGAACUGAUUACUUACUAAGAAUCCAUUAAAGGAUAAUUGUGUAUUUUCUGUCUUGGGUUUUAGGGCUUAUUAAUUCAUGACUAGUACCUUUAAACAUGUAUGCUUUCUUUCCUUCAAUAAAAUUGUCUUAAUAUUAGAA